GCGCUCGAGGGAGCGUUGCAGGCUGCAGAACAACGGGUGCAGGCUGCAGAGGAGCGCGCCCUGGCGGCGGAGUCAGCAGCAGCGAGCGCAGGCGCCGCCGUGAACAGGCCCGUGGCAGCGGCGAGGGCCGCGCCUCAGGACCUGGUGGACACUCGGCUUCUGGCGAAGCCGAAGGCGUUCGGAGGCAGCGAGGACGAGUGGCCAGGGUGGAGCUUCAAGAUGCUCGCGUACCUCGGGGCCCUCGACGAGCAGAUGGCCAACGAGCUGACAGCAGCCAUGACGUUCCCGCUGGAGGAAGUGAGGAACGCGAGACUCCUGGAGGAGGGAGCGAGUCAGCGCAGUCGCCAGCUGUACUUUAUCCUCGUCCUGCUGCUGGAAGGAGCCGCACUGCAGCUCAUCAAGCCAGUCGGCGUCGGAGAAGGUUAUCGGGCGUGGAGGACGUUGCAAGACAUGUACGAGCCCGACAGACCAGGUCGCCAUGCAGGACUGCUGCAAGAGCUGAUCGCGUUCCAGUUCCCAGAGGACAACAUCGUGGGGAUGCUGGCGGACUUCGACUUCAAAGUCACGAAGUACGAGAGCCAGAGCCACGAGAGGAUUGGGGACAGGAGCAAGAUGGCGAUCCUCCAGAGGGGGAUUCAGGACGAGGCUCUUCGAGCGCAUCUGGUCCACAAUGCGUCGAGGCUAGUCACGUGGGAGCUCAUGCGCAACGAAGUGCACAUGGUGAUCUCGACGAGGAGCGCCAUCGCAGCAGUGCCGCCACCAGUUCCGAUGGACACGAGCGCGGUGGAGAAGGCGAGGCGCGAGGCGGCGUCGAAGGGCAAAGGAAAGAAGGGCAAGGACGGCAAGGGCAGGAAGGGCAAGGGCAGCGACAACUCCACGGACCAGAAGAGCCAGGCGGCCAAAGACAGGGCCGAGAAACGAUGCUUCCACUGCCACAAGACAGGUCACGUCAAGAGCGAGUGCAGGAAGUUCCUCGCCGAGCAGAAGAAGAAGAAGGGCACCAACGCCGUCGAGCAGGAGUCGAAGCCGACGGGAGCUCCACCAGCGGCGAGCGCCGCGGGGAGCGCGGCGCCAGUGAUGGCGAUCGCGACCGAAAGCGGGGCAGAGCCAUUGUGGUGCCUCGCGAUCGAGCUGGGAGAGCUGGGCAGCCCGAUCGAGCGGCUGAGCCCGCCAGAGGCGUCAAGCGAGCACGCGCAGCCGAGGCAGCCAUUCUUGGUCGGGGCCAGUCCGAUCGAGCAGCUGAGCCAGCCAGGGGCAGCAAGCGAGCACGAGACGUUCGAGAGCAAGGAGAUCAUCGGUAUCAAUGAGCACUGGGUCAUGGUGGACUCGGGUGCUGCACGAUCGGUGUGUCCGCCGAGUCACGGGGCCCACGAGACGCUCAGAGACCUGAGCGAGCGCAUCAGGCUGGUCGGAGCGAGCGGCGACGACAUCCCGUGCCACGGCGAGCGCUUCGUCACGUACACGAAGGGCGGGCACAAGAUCGGGGUGGACUACAAGGUCGCCGACGUCAAGAGGCCAGUGCUGGGCGUGUCGCAGGCGGUCGACAAGGGUACGUCGUGGGUAUUCACGCCGAGCGGGAGCUACAUGAUCCCGAAGCCGAUCGAGUUCUCGGACCCAGACGCCGUGCCGCUGGUCAGACGCAACGACCUGUUCUACCUCAAGAUGGACAGGUACGGUGAAGGCGUCAAGAACUCGCUCGUCAUGCCGGUGCGGGGCGAGGAGCCAGGAGGCGAGCCUGGCGGCGCAUCAGCUGCGUCCAGGGCAGCGGCGAGGGCCGCGCUCCAGGGCGGCAGCGGCGGAGGGGCCGCCGCGACUCGCGCUCAGGCCGAGGCGAGCGAGCCAGCAGCGCAGGCAGAGCUCGAGGAGUCCGUGCCAGUCCGAGUCAAGAAGGAUCCAGUGAAGCCAAGCUUGGCCGAGCAGAGGACGCACGAGCUGGUGCACAUCCCUGCGAGGUCCUGGUGCUGGGUGUGCGUCAGAUCCAAGUUCACGGACGACCCACACUACAAGGCUGGGCACGAGCGCACGGGCGACGAGGUCCAGAUCGACUACUACUUCCUGGGCCAGCUGAGCAUCCUCAACAUGGUGCACAUGAACUCCCAG